AAAUGUCAUUAGUCGAGAGCAAACCCAAACCAGUAGGCUUAUUAUGUACUUUGUGCGUCUAAAAGCACACAAAUGCAAAAAGAUUGCUCGUUUCAAUUAUAAUUGAUGAGUGAUGUCUGUUCGUUGCAUAGCUAUAACUUACAGUUGAGAUUGUUGUUUUACUGCCAUAUGGAUAAAGAGAUUGUUGCAUUAGCUCGCCGUUGCAUCCACAAAACAGAAACAUAACAACUUUGGAGGCGGCCAUAAUUUACAUAUGCAUUGAAUGUAUCGCUAUUUGCAUGUGCACCAUACUGAUUAUAUUUCACAUGUGCAACUCAAUUUUGUUAAUAUCCUUUUCUGGCUGUGUGAAAUAAUAGACAAUAGUAUUGCAGAUCUAACAAGAAAUCACUUGAAAAUAGACAAAAUUACAUGAUUUCUAACAAUAAUAGGAUUUAUAUAGCAGAUUUCCUCAUAUGAAAGCAAGCUCAGUGUUCUUUACAAGGGGUAGUAGGUAAAGAUGCUGCAUAACAGUGAGGCACAAUCAGGCACAUGCACAGGAAUAUGGAGAUAGGAGUAAGAUGGAGAAAGGAACAGUCAGGAUAGACUGAUUAUAGUAGGUAUUUCUGAACAAAAUAGAUUUCAAGUUCAGACUGGAAAGGAUGUAGCUUCCCCAAUGUACAGAGGUAGGGCUUUCCAAGUACUGGAACCAAAGAAAGAGAAUGAACCUCUCCAGUCUGAUAUAUAGGACAGUAAGAAAACUAGCAUGAGCAGAGUGAACAGAGUGCCAGGCUGGUAGGGUGACACAGUCUUAGAUAAAUUGGAACCAGGCCAUGAACAACAUGAUAGAAAAGUAUGGCAAUUUUGAAUUUGAUGCAAGCCCGACAGCAAGUUCAGAUCUUGCAGAAGUGAUGUGGCAUGAUCAACCUUCUGCUUGUGAAAUACAAUGCAAGCAGCACUGUCUGAGUUCACUGGAGUUUGUCAACUUUCCAGAGAGUUGAAUGCAAAAAUGGGAUAUGUGAAUAUCAAGGAACAUAGCAAUGAAAAGCUCUGCUUGAGCAGGGAACCAAACAUCUGGUCAUGGAGUGUGCUUAUUGGUGCUAUUGGUGUAGGGCUGGGUGCAGCAGUCUAUGGAACAGAUUCUCUUUUGUGGAAGAUAGUUUACAUAGCUGGUGGUCUGUAUGCUGGAAUUCUUUGGAUGGAAGGCUGGGAAGAGUGUGUACUGGAUAAAAGAACUGCUGAAAUGAAAGUGAAAAGAGAAAAUUUAUUUCAAAAGUUAGUGCCAGGAUUUCCAGAACAAAAAAUUAUUGUGGUAAAUCUAGAUGAUAUUGUUGGUGUUCGUGUAGAUGAAGAAGAGGUGCGAUAUUUUGGAAAAAGUCACAUCGUUGUCUUCAUUCUCAGCAAUGGCAUCACUAUAGGUGUAACAGAGUCUUACACUUUUGGCAGCAGCAGGGAACAUUAUCAAGUUGCUGAUACUUUGCGCACAUUUCUGGAACUGGAUCAGCCAAGUCAUCAAGUACAAGAUACAGAUGACUACCUUGGUGAUGGGUCAUCUUCAGAGGAUAGCUUUGAGCAAGUGGAUCAUGGCGAUCUGGAGUCUUGUCCAGAACAAGCCACACCCAGUGAUUUAGCAACACAGUAGAGUAGCCCUUACCUUUGUUAUCAUGCAGCUCCAUACCUGAUACCAUUGUUCGAUGCACACAGCUAUUCCUGCAAGAUUUGCUGUAGAACCACCUUAGCGGAAGCCAUUCCUUUUUUUCUGUGUACAGCAGAGGCAGCUCAAACUUGAUUUGUCUAAAGUAAGAAUACCUGUCUCCUAAUUCAUUUUUUAACAACGUUGUGAUAAACAUUUGCAGCUGAGAAACUUUGUGUAAUUUCUUUUGCAUAUUUGACCAUAUACUAGUCUGUACAGCAAUUUUACAGCUUUGUACUUGAAUACAAGUUCUUUGCUUUAGACCUGUGCUAAAUAUGUGUGGAUAUUUCACCUCUUGACCAGUUCUGUACAUUUGAAAGAUGUUUUCACAACUUUUACAAUAUCAGUAUCAUGAGUACAUUUAUGUGUGCAUUUUCAUGUGGUUUAUUGGGCAUUCAUUUUCACAAAAUCUUGAGAAAUGUUCAAAGCAGUUGAAAUGAUUGUUUUAGCCUUUUCAAUCUUCAGAACUUAAGUAAUAGGAGUUGUACAUGGUAACUUAUAAAGGGCUUCUUUUAAACAAUCAUAAAAGUAAGGUUUGUUGCAGACAAAAUCUUGAGAAAUGUUCAAAGCAGUUGAAAUGAUUGUUUUAGCCUUUUCAAUCUUCAGAACUUAAGUAAUAGGAGUUGUACAUGGUAACUUAUAAAGGGCUUCUUUUAAACAGUCAUAAAAGUAAGGUUUGUUGCAGACUGGUAAAAAUGAGACAUAGUUAUGUUAAAGAUUUGUUUAUAUAUCUUAGGACUUUUAGCUUGUGGAAAACAUUUAGAGAACUUAUUUAAAUGUUUUAAUUUCUUGGUCCUUUAUCACAGGUUAUAUUUUUCACUUACUUCACCUUGCUGAAACAAAUUCUUUUAGGAUUCCUCGAAGUUUAAAUUUUUCAAGUUCGUUUUGUGUGUUGCAGUUUUGAGUCACAAAAUAGCUGUUUAUAAUGGAUUCAUGUUUAAUAUGCAUUUGUGUAAAUUCAUGCCUCCCCUUUAAUAAGGGAUUUUAAAAAAUGUAAGCCUACUUGCCCUUUAGCUAGCACUUGUCAUAAAGGCUGGUGGCCAUUUUACAGCCAUAUACCCAAAAAUAUUUUGGAAGUACUAUCAAAUAUUUUGAGUUAUGAAGUAUGGUAUUUUUCUUUCAACAUAGGCUUUGCAAGGAAUAUAAGCUUGACGUUUUGGUACAAUGAUUUUCAUUUUUGUUUAUUAAUGAUCGUAGGUUGCAUUUAGUUCCAUUUGAGUAGGUGAGGGUCAUAGGUUGUUCCAUCAGCUAAAACAGCUGUGUCAAGAUAAAGUGUCUUUCAUGGUGAAAAUCUUUUUAAUGAGGCAUUUAUGGUAUUAUGACAUAAAAUAUGCAUAUUUCUUGUUUUGAGAUAGCAUGUUUCAUCCUUGUUUUCUUCCCUGUUCACAUUUGUUACCUUUUAAUUUACACCAUCUUACAUGAGAAUCUCAGAUUACCAGUCAUGAACAUCAUAUAUUGAUACAUUACAAUACAGUUGCAUCUGUUUUUCUGUUUAGACAGUCUGUUAUGGAAUGCUUCAAUAGUGAGAUAAUCCUGAAAAAGUUCUUUUUCAAAAUCUGAUGGAACUGUAUAGAUGAGAGGAAACAAUUGCACAAAAUAAACAUUUUCACUGAUGUUGCACAUGAGUAAUUUUAUCUCAACUAAUGCUUAUGCAGCAGUUUCUAAUGGUUCCUCAUAACCAUCUUUUAUUUUCAAAAGUAUAUUCUACCUUUAUGCCAUUUCUAUUUUUAAAAGUUCAUUUGACAUUGUUCAGUUUUAGAGUUUAGAGUUCAACAUGAAAUGGAUUAUGUAUAUAUGAUGGAUGAAAAAUAGUUGAAAUAAAGUGUACCCUCAGUAAUUUCGACCCUUAUACUUGGUGGCAUCCUUGUGCACAGAUUUUCACUAAUACUGCAUUAUCUGAUAUGUAAAUAUAUUAGUUCAGCAUUUUUAGAAAGAUUUGUGUUUAUUACAAAAUUUCUUGUAAUAUUUCCAGAAAACUAUGGAAGGUUUGUUUUGCUAAGUGAUUACUGUAAAAACUUUUUUUUAACAAGGAAAAUGGAUGUUUUAUCGCAAAGAAAGCUAUUCAUUGUUCAGAAAUUUUGUCUUGUAUAGUCAGUGAUAAUGAUAAAAUAAAAAUAUAAAAGUAA